UCCUGUGACGCAGUGAGUUUUUAAAACAUUGUCCUUCUCAGUAAUGGCGGCUUCGUUCCCUUCGCUUUCGCUAAAUAACAAUAAAUGGUACUUCACGCGCGAACAAAUCGAAAACAGCCCAUCUCGCCGAGCGGGACUUGAUCCCGACAAAGAGCUCUCGUACCGACAGCAAGCUGCUAACCUGCUGCAGGACAUGGGACAGCGGCUCAACGUGUCUCAACUUACAAUUAACACUGCCAUUGUGUAUAUGCAUCGGUUCUACAUGAUCCAGUCCUUCACUCGCUUCCACCGGAAUGUGAUUGCUCCUGCAGCUCUCUUUUUAGCCGCAAAAGUGGAAGAACAGCCCCGCAAGCUAGAGCAUGUGAUUAAGGUGACCCAUGCAUGUCUCAAUCCUCAGGACCCGUCACCAGACACUAGGAGUGAUACAUACCUGCAACAAGCCCAAGACCUGGUCAUUCUUGAGAGCAUUAUACUCCAGACCCUGGGUAAGUUUGGAAGGGCAAGAAUGGUAUCAGCUGCAGGACAAACUACCAAGAAAUCAAAAGUGCAAGAUGGUGAUCAGUCAGAAGCCAUUUUGAACAUGAUCUCCAUGGCAUCGUCCGACAGUACAUUGGCCGGGCUGAUGAGCCUCUCCGCCCCACCCUCCGGUUCCUCCAUGGACUCCUCCGCUGACGACCACAGCAUUGCUCCCUCAUCCCAACACUGGCAGCCUCCUGCCAAGGAGCAGCCCACCACCAAUGAGCUUCAUGCACCUGCUAAGUUGUCUCUGAAUGAGUAUCGAGUGAAGCACGCAGACGAGCUGGCGGCGCAGAAGCGGAAGUUGGAGAACAUGGAGGCUAGUGUGAAACAGGGAUACGCCACUGCCGCCCAGGCACUCAUGAACCAGCAGAAGAAAGAGAAGCACCAUCACCACCAGCAGUCCAGCUCUAGUUCCUCAGACCUAAACAACCCCUCACCUAUCGUCCUGAAGAUCCCACUGGACGAGCGAACGGAACGGAGUUCCAUAAAAAUGCGCUUGGCAGUGCCAGGCCAAUCAAGCAGUGGCGGGAACAGCAGCAGUAGCAGCAGUCGAGGAUCCGAACCGGAUAUUAAAGUGCGGAUUCGGGUUCCAGAAAGGCGUAGCGGGUCCGGAGAAGACGGGAAAAGUCGCGAGAAGCACCGAGAGCGGUCCAACCACCAUCACCAUCACCACCACCACUCCUCCUCUUCCACCACCGGCUCUUUAUCAGCAUCGUCUUCCUCAUCCUCAGCACAAAAACACUCAAGUUCUGCCAGCGCUUCAGGAAGUAGCAAAAAGGUCUCAGGUGAUUCUAUGCGAACGAGUUCUUCGUCAUCCUCAUCCCGAAAAAGGACCCACCUGCCAGAUCCUUCUUCUGGCAGCCAUUCCUCGAAAGUCAGCAAAUCGUCCAGAAACUCGUUUCAGUUGCCGACGCUUCCUGGAGUGCCCUCCCACGCGAUGGGUCAGGGGUCCGACAUCCUUCCCUCGCUGAGCCUCUCGCACCAUCAGGGAAACUAUUCACACUCCAAGUUGGACAAAGCCGACACGAACGGGCACAAUACGGGCAGCCAGUCCAACGAGUACCAGGACACGUUUGACAUGUUGAACUCGCUGCUCAGUGCGCAGGGGGUGCAGCCGGCACAACCUCAGAUGUUUGACUAUCGCUCUCAGUACGGAGAGUAUCGGUAUAGCAGUAGUGCUCGCGGAGGAACCCAAGCACCACCUUUACCCUCAGAACCACCUCCACCUCUGCCGCCACUGCCCAAAUAAACCCCUUUCCGCUCAUCCGUCCACAUACGCUGAUCAAAUCAGUCGUUUUGGGAACCCUGGGUUCCUUUUGUGCAUCUAACUUAGUGAUAUUGAGUUUGACAGCAGAGUAAUGUAAGGCAAAAAAUGUACCUGGUGAAUCUUUGCCCUCAUGUUGUCUUGCGUUUUGUGCGAGCGAGUGUGUUCACAACACCCAUCUGUGGCAAUAAUGUUAUAAUAGAACAAAAUAUUGCAAAAAAAAAAAAAAAGCAAAAAUGUUAUUUAUUGAAAAAAAAUUGUACAUGCUAUUUUUGAUGUUGCUCAGUUUUAUAUCAGCUCUAACAGAAAAGCAUAAUGGAAUUAAGGGUAUGUAUUACUGAAUGAGAGGGAUCCGUUGUCCUCUUUAAAAAAAAAGUGUAACUGAAUGCAAAAAGGAAAAUGUUUUUGUUUAAUGUAUGGAUUUAAGUCUUGCUAACAAUAUAUGUCUUUUUUUAUCGAGUAUGGUAUUUAUUAUUAGCCUUUU